AUGAUUUCUUCUGUUCAAAUUGAAGAAUUAAACAAAGUUAUCGAAGAAGUAGCAGCACUUUAUAGUAAAAAAAUUAGAGAAAUAGUUGACCGAAUCCUUGCAUCUGAAGAUCCUUAUUUGAGAUUGUCCGAUUUACAAGA